AAAAACAACCCAAAACAAAGAAGAAAACAACACAAACAUUGCAUACAAAACAUUUCAUUUCAUUAGCAACAUCAAUCUUUCUCAUAUUUUUUCAGACACCAACAAGAAACAAACAUGACAGAUCAUCAGAAAAUUCAUCCAUUUCAUGAUGUUGAUCUCGAAGCGCCACAACAACAACAACCUUCAGCUCCAUUAGUAACAAGAAACAUGUCAAAAUCCGAUGAUGUUCAACAUCAACGACAACAACCUCUUCCUGCACAACAACCUGGUAUUCCUAUGAACCAUUAUCCAAAACCACCAAAGAAAAGAAGAAGCUGUUGCUGCAGAUUCUUCUGUUGGCUAUUCAGCCUCCUAUUGAUCCUAAUCAUCGCAAUCGCCAUUGCAGUCGGAAUCCUCUACCUCGCCUUCCGUCCCAAAAUUCCAAAAUACUCGGUCGACGAACUCCACGUCACGCAGUUCGAUCUCUCUAGCAACAACAGUUUAUCAGUAACUUUCAACCUCUCAAUUACUGCAAGAAACCCUAACAAAAAGAUCGGUAUCGAUUAUCGUGGUGGAAGUCACAUAAGUGCCUAUUACACAGACACAAAACUAUGUGAAGGAUCGCUACCUAAAUUCUAUCAAGGUCACAAGAAUGUUACUGUUCUUAGUAUACCUUUGACUGGAGAGACACAGAAUGCAACAGGUUUGAGAGAUUCAUUGCUGCAACAGAUUCAGCAAGAGGGUAGUGUUCCUCUUAAUUUGAAGGUGAAACAGCCUGUGAGGAUUAAGUUUGGAAAGUUGAAGAUUUUUAAGAUUAAUUUCAGGGUUAGGUGCAGUAUUGUGGUGGAUAAUCUUAGUGCUAAUAAUUCUAUUAGAAUUAAGAGCAGUAGUUGUAAGUUUAGGUUUAAGCUUUGAAUUCUUUAGUGCAUAUAUAGAUAUACUAUAUAUAUAGUAUAGUAUAAUAUUAUGCCUAUUGAUAUUUUAUUUUUUUGCUAUUUUUUAAAAUUCCUUUUAUUAUGGUUUUUUAUUUGAGAUAUCUCAUUUGAUGGAUUUUUCUUUCCAUCAGCUUUUUGAAAUUGAGUUACAGUUCUUGUGAUUUUGAUUACUCACAUGUUAUAUAUUGUAUGCAUAUAGUUAUUCUAUAAAUUUAAUAAAUAAAUUUUUUUUAUUGCUGAGAUUUUCA